AUGAGCAACCUCCGCCAGCAGGGGCUGAAGCAGCCCGCCGUGCCGGAGCGCUACCCCCCCGCGGCGGCGGCCGAGCCGGGGGCCGCCAGGAGGCGGGCGGGCCGCCGGACAAGGCCCCGCCCCGGGUCGACGGGGGGCCGCUGUUCCCCGGUCACCAUAACGACCGUCUCCAGGGCCUCGUCCCCGGACCGGAGCCCCGGCGCCCGCUCCCCGGUCUCCGUCCUCUCCGUCAGCGCCUCCCCGGUGCUGGAGGAGGCGUCGGGACCCCCGGAGCUCCGGGACGGGACCCCCGGCCGCAGCGUCUUCAGGCUGACCCCGGAGAAGCAGCCCGCCCCGGGCAGGAAGUCCAACAUCACCACCACUGAGGACAACCGGAUCCACAUCCACCUGGGCCCCGGGGGGCCGCGCCCGGGGGAGGGGCCCUGGGGGGCGGGGCUGAGCGUCCGGACGCUGGGUGUGGCCGAGGGGAGGGAGACCUCGCCAGGCCGGCGCCACGGUGACGGGGAAGAUGACGAGCAGCAUCAACAUCACGCCCAUCACCUCGGCAACCUGCCGGCCCACGCAGCCGCCGGCCGGCGCCGCGUCCCGGAUCCCGAUGUCCAGGGGCCUGAAGACCUCCGCCAAGGCGGGCGCGGCCGUCGCCACGGUAACCAGGAUGGAGUCGCGCUCCGAGGGUCAGCUGAUGAAGAUCGAGCUGAGGAGGUCGGCCGGGUGUGGCCCCGCCUCCUCGUCGGGCGGGAAGAGCUGAGCGUCUCCGUGGCGACGGCGUCUGGUCACGCGGACGACAAGAUGUCCGCCGGACCCCUCGGGCUAGUGGGCGGGGCUUAGAGCAAACCGCAUUUAGAGGAAUAAAAACCAGGUUAUUUUAUGGAUAUUAUUGUUGAAUGAUGAUUUUUAUCGAUGUUAUUUUAUUUAGCAGGCGAAGAUGUCGACUCAUUUGCAUGGUUUAAGAGGACUCAAAGCACUGGUUAUUCUGAACUACACGUGCCUUGACUGUAAUGCCUUCUCGUUGGGGACGGCCAGCUAGAGUGUAUUUUAAUAUAACUCACAUUUAUACCGUGUGUUUAUUUAUCUGCUGCUUCCGGAGGAUUCUAAUCACUGAAUGAUCGUGUGUGGAGAGACUGUGAUGUACACUCUGUCAUGUUCCUGUCCAUAAUAAACCAUAUUUAUCUCUACAGUAACACUUUCUAGACAUUACUUGGAAUUCCUCGAUUUUAGAAAACCUCAAUGAAAGAUAAAGUAUAUUAUUCUGCAAGAUUUGCAAUUUCUGCCAUUUAUUGAGAAGAGGCAACCGUCACAACAGUCGUCCAAUAAGUAAUCUCUUUCCGUUUACUCAUUUUUGCUAAAUACUUAAUAAUCACAGCUCUGCAUGCACAUAUCUUUAAUUCUACAUUUUGGGCUUGCCAUGGCAAUGAAAUAUUUCCCAUUCCAAAGCCCCUUUGUAUAGAGAGAGAGAGCGAGAGAGAGAGAGGGAGAGAAAGGUGGAGAGAGAGAGAGGCCUACUCUACCUAACAGGAGGUUCAGAAGGCCGUUAUAAUCUGCCCUUAAACUGGAAGUCAUAUAUAUAUGUGUGGGUGUAUAUAUAUGUACGACAAUUCAAAACUCAUGUGUAGAAAAAUGUAGAUAUAUAUAUAUAUAUCUCUUUAUAAGACUGAAAUAAACCAGUAGAGGGUGUGAAUGGGAGUACGCCUCCGGCCUUUUCAGGGAUUUUCUUUUGUAAAGUUUGCAUUGUUUGAAGAACUAGAGUAGCCUACCCCCUGGCGGUUAAAGUGGGACACACACACAGACACGGACACACACACA